UUCGCAUCACUCUGUAAGCGCCGACGGCAAAAUGCAAGCAACCAAAAUGCGCACACCCUUUGCCAUACAGGAAAUACUUGGCCUGGGCUAUCAACAACAGCAGCAACAUCAACAGCAGCAACAUCAACAGCAGCAGCAAUCAUCGCAAGCUGCUGCCGCUGCCACGCCCAGCAGCUCGGAGGCGCCACUAUCGCCAGCGGCAACGCCACCGCCACGCAACGCGAAUACGCCACAGCAGUCAGCGCUGGCGCCACAAGCUUUGGAGCCACCAACGCGAGACUCACGCUCCAUAUCGCCGGACGUAACGCGUCUGUCCGCCGCAGCUGCCGCCGCCGCCGCAGCCGCUGCGCAUUGUCAACUGCCCGUGUUCAAUCCGGCAAACUUUUAUGCAGCCGCCGGCUAUGCGGCCGCUGCCAGUGAUCCCGCCAACGCAGCCGCCGCUCAUCAUCAUCACAUGACCACGCUGGCCGCCGCCGCCUAUUUGCGCGGGUUUCUGCCUCCGGGCUUCAGCACGCCGCACGAGUUCCGUGGCCACUUUCAGCAGCACUUUGGUGCACAGUUUGCAGAGCAAGCUGUCGCACGUGGUCAGGAGUACGCCAGCAGUUUGGCCAAUGCCAGCGGCGAUGAGCAGUCGCCCAGCAAGUUGAGCUCCAAUGCUGCUGCUGCUGCCAAUGUGCUGGAUGCAGCGCAGCUAAGCUCAGCCAGCAGCGCAGCAGCAGCAGCAGGCGGCGGCAAUGUUGCAACUGUAGCUGCUGCAACUGGCGGCGGCGCAGCCAAUGGCAGCACUGGCUCCAGCUCCGUUGCCCUUUCCGUUUCGGGCGCCAGCACUUCACCCUCAGCUGGCUCUGGCUCAGCUGCUGCUGCUGCAGCGGCUACUGCUCCACCCAAUGCUCAUCAUCAUGCCGCUUUGGCGGCACAUCAACAUGCGGCGGCAGCUGCUGCGGCGGCUCAUCAUCAUGCGGCGGCUGCAGCGGCGGCGCAUCAUGCGCAUCAUGCACAUCAUGCUCAUGCCCAUGGCCAUAUGCAUGGACAUGUGCAUCAUGCACAUGAGGCGGCGUUUCUGGGCGCCGCCGCUGCUGCGGCUGCCGCUGGUGGUGGCAACGCGGCCAUGCAUGGCGCGCAUGGCGGCGAUGUGCUGGUCGGAGCGGGUGUGGCUGGCGGCCCUGGGGGCAAGAAGAAGAACAAGCGUCGACAUGGACGCACCAUCUUCACCAGCAGCCAGCUGGAGGAGCUGGAGAAGGCGUUCAAGGAGGCGCAUUAUCCGGACGUCAGUGCACGCGAGCUGCUGUCCAUGAAAACGGGACUGGCCGAGGAUCGCAUACAGGUCUGGUACCAGAAUCGACGCGCCAAGUGGCGCAAGACGGAAAAGUGUUGGGGCCACAGCACCAAGAUGGCCGAGUAUGGAUUAUAUGGCGCCAUGGUGCGUCACUCGCUGCCGCUGCCGGAGACAAUCAUCAAGUCGGCCAAGGAGGAUGAAUCGGUGGCUCCUUGGCUGCUGGGCAUGCACAAGAAGUCGCUGGAGGCGGCCGAGCUGCUGAAGAGCGACGAGAGUGAUAGGGAGACGCCCACAUCGGAUGACACCAACACCUCCUACUCCGCGGGCAGCACACACAACUCGCCCAUAUCGAGUUUCUCGAUUAGCCGACUGCUGUUCGAUGCGCCGCCGCCGCCCGCAGGCGCCGCCAGCGGCAAGCACAGCAAGCAUGCCCACCACGCCCACGCCCAUGCGCACGCCCACGCCCAUGCACAUGCGCAUAUAGCGGCAGCCAAUGCCGCUGCCGCUGCUGCUGCUGCAGCGCAUCAUCAUGCGCAUCAUGGCGGCGGCGGCGGCAACCCGUACAAUCAGCAGCAACAUUUGCAUCAUCUGCAGCAGCUGCAACAACAGCAGCAACAGCAGCAACAACAACAGCAGCAGCAGCAACAACAGCAGCAGCUGGAGCGCCAGCAGCAGCAGCAACAGGCAGCAGUGCAACAUGCCAUGUUGCAUCAUCAUCAUUCAAGCGCUGGCUAUGCCGAAGCAGCAGUCGCUGCCGCCGCCGCUGCCGCUGCUGUGGCAGCAGCAAAUGCACGCAAUGCCGCCGCCAAUGUUGUGCACGUUGCCGAGUCCGAGCCCGAGGAGGAGCCCGAUGAGGAUGAGGAUAUGCUGGACAAGGAUUGCUAUGCCGAGGCGGAUGCUGAGGCCGAUGGCGAAAUCGAUAUUUGCGAUGAUGAUGAUGAGCAGGAGGUGGCGGCGCUGCAGGCGCAUCAGCAGCUGCUGCUCAAGGUCAAGCAGGAGCAGGCGUCCAGCAGCGGCGACAGCGCCAGCAGAUGAAACAUGUACAUCGAUGUCUUGUUCUAAGCCAAAAACAAAGCAACAACAACAACAACAACAACGAAGCGCAUUGAAAUUGAAAUCGAUUUGUUAGCGUCACUUUUUGGGAGAGAUAAUUGCAAUGAUAAUUUAAACAAAUUAAACUAAUUAUUAACAAUAUUAACAAUAUAUGCAUACAAUUUUUUUCAUACACCUAAG